UUUCCAGCGUACUUCCCCCGCUAGGAACUUUAGCCAUCAAUAACUUCCUCGCCAGCCCGGCUAACUCCUCCCUGACCUUUUUCACAUCUCUUUUCCCCUCGCAACAACCGACAUCUAUUCUCGUUUACGUACACCAGAUACCCAGUCGCGCAAUCGUCUCUGUCGGCCCUUUUUCAAGAGCCCCUCCAUAGACCCCUACUCCAAACUACUACACAAGUACCACGUCCUUAGACAGGGAUCACUGUUUUUCCCGACAACAUGGUUAAGGAAACCAAGCUCUACGACACCCUCGGCGUCGCGCCGACGGCGACUGAGCAGGAACUGAAGAAGGCGUACAAGACAAAUGCUCUCAAGUACCACCCUGACAAGAACGCCCACAACCCCGAGGCGGAAGAAAAGUUCAAGGAAAUUUCCCAUGCUUACGAAAUCCUUUCCGAUUCCCAGAAGCGCACAGUCUACGACCAAUAUGGCGAGGCUGGCCUUGAGGGUGGCGCUGGCGGCGGUGGAGGCAUGGCUGCCGAGGAUUUGUUCGCUCAGUUCUUCGGCUCCGGCAGCUUCGGCGGUGGCCUUGGUGGAAUGUUCGGUGGCGGCAUGCCCAACCGUGGCCCCCCCAAAGCCCGCACGAUUCACCACACCCAUAAGGUCUCCCUUGAGGACGUCUACCGUGGAAAGAUCUCCAAACUGGCUCUACAGCGCUCCAUCAUCUGCCCCAAGUGUGAGGGUCGCGGUGGAAAGGAAGGCGCCGUUAAGCGUUGUGGCGGUUGCGACGGCCAUGGUAUGAAGACCAUGAUGAGACAGAUGGGCCCCAUGAUCCAACGAUUCCAGACAGUCUGCCCCGACUGCAACGGAGAGGGAGAGACGAUCAAGGACAAGGACCGUUGCAAGCAGUGCAACGGUAAGAAGACCAUUGUCGACCGCAAGGUUCUCCACGUUCACGUCGACCGUGGUGUUAGAAGCGGCACCAAGGUUGAAUUCCGCGGCGAGGGUGACCAGGCCCCUGGCAUCCAGGCCGGUGACGUCGUUUUCGAGAUCGAGCAGAAGCCCCACCCCCGCUUCACCCGCAAGGAGGACGACCUUCUUUACCAGUGCGAGAUCGAGCUGGUGACUGCUCUGGCUGGUGGAACCAUUUUCAUUGAGCAUCUUGACGAGAGGUGGCUCAGCAUCGAGAUUCUUCCCGGCGAAGCUAUCGCACCUGACGCCGUUAAGAUGGUUCGUGGCCAGGGUAUGCCCUCCCCCAGACACCACGACUUCGGAAACCUUUACAUCCAGUUCAACGUCAAGUUCCCUGAGAAGGGUUGGACAGAGGACCCUGCCGCCUUUGAGGCUCUCCAGAAGCUACUCCCGGCUCCCUCGCUCCAGACCGUGCCUCCCCCUGAGGCUAUGACUGAACCUGCCGAUCUCGAGGACCUUGACAACACCUCCCAGGCUAAGGUCUUUGGUGGUGCCGGCGGGUCCAUGGACGAGGACGAUGAGGACGGUCACCCCGGUGCCGAGCGCGUGCAGUGCGCCUCCCAGUAAACGACGUGUUUCAGUGUUAUUUGACGAUACGAGCAUAUUUGGCGUGGUGGGGAGACGGCGUGGGUCGAGACACUUCUUUUCACAUCUGUUACCAAGAACAGAAAUGCAUAUUUCCCAGUUACGAAAGGAUGGAAACGGCUGCAUGGGAAUGGUAAAGGGGUCCUGCCGUUCGGAGGCCGCCCGCACGAUGGCGGCAACCGACGGGCUGCGACACCUCGUCUAGACGCGCGCCGAGUCGGGUUCGUCGAGAAUGGAGGCUGGUUACAAAUGGGCCAGCAGAGUAACAGGGAAAUCUGGUCCAGCGGUUGCGUUCUUAAAACAUUACUUGGCUUCUUUCGCUCGACGGACAUUCGAGACUUGGUAGGAAGGCGUUCACGGUCAUAGAGAGAGAGGAUAAUCCGCUGAAUCGAUUUGAUGAUG